AUAUUUCUGAAUUUUCGGCCAGACCAUUGUUCCUCACAAAAACCAACAACUAUAAUAUUAAUACGCUUAAUUAUUUUAUUAAAAGUAAGAAAAUCUGAAGAAAAAAAAAUGGCGAGUACCCUCUUGGCAUCUCCUUGCCUUCUCUCUUUGCCAAAUGGAAAAGUGGGUGCAGGGAACUUCAGAAGCUCAUUCUAUGGAAAGCUAAUGUGUACUCAUCAAUUUUCAGUGGAAAGAAAAAUUCAGAGUAGAUGUUAUGGCAACUCUGUUGUGGUGGCCUCAGUGCUUGGAAGGAAGAAGACCAAGACCAUAGAGACUGUAGUUCCUGACCCGGAUUACCGAAUUCCGAUUGUCCUACUAGGUUUAGCUGGUGGGUUAGCUUAUUCUAACAAUCUGCUACCAGCUGCACCUGUUGGUCUCCUUGGCGCACUUUUACUGUUCCAGACCACAAGAGUCAGAUUUGUCUUCGAUGACGAGGCCCUGGAGGUUAAAGUAGGGAAUGAGCUUGAGGAGUCAGGUGAAAAUGUCUUUGUUGGAGGGAAAAACCGCUGGAAAUAUACAACAUUUGUGAAUUGGGAGCUUUGGUGGCCAAAUUUCCCUAUUCUGGUUUAUUUCAAAGAAACACAAACUAAGCCUGAAGGGCAAGUUCACUUCUUUCCAGUAAUAUUUAAUGGAAAGCAACUUUAUGAUGUCAUGGUGGAGAGAGCUGGCCCUUCUAAAACUAGUGGACCCAAAGACUCCUAAGUCUGUGAGUUGUUGUUACAUUUGCUCUAGUUGUGCGAUCUGAUGGUGUUCAUAUUCUGAAAAGUGCAGUGUAUUGGCAUGGUAAUUGUUACAGUGGCAUCAUUUAGUACUUGAACUGAAGUUGUAAACUUGCUACUUCAAGCAAAAACCCAUUUCAUUGUUUCUACUUUAUACCCCUAAACCCUAUGUUUUAAUGUAGUGUAGAUGCAAAGUACUUCAAUCACUUGCAGUUGGCGUCUGCUCCGGAUUUGGCUUCAAAAUGUCUAUACUUUUUAACAUUUGUAUUUAUAAAUGAAAUUCCGUAUUUUAAUAUUA